UCCCCGGGAGCACGGGCCUCGGUGGCCCGACCCGUGCAGGAGGCGGAGCGGGGUGUCUCCUGGACGGCGUGACCGCGCCUGGUGGGAGGGCCGAGCACUCCGCCAGGGAGGCCCGGUUGAGAGGGACGGAGAGGGCAUGGUGGUCUCGUAGUUCUUGGAAGUGGUGGGCUUGAGACCCGAGGUGAAGCUCCAAAUUCUCCACCCCCUCGGUUAAGUGUCGUUAUAGAAGCGCUCUCCGCAGAGGAGAAUAAAGAAAUGUAGUGGCCGGGGGGGGGGGGAGGGGGGGGAGAGGGAAGGAGCAGGCUGGAGGACACCACGGGAAGGUGGCAGUGGGGCCGGGCGGGUCGCACGCGCUCCCCGGCCUCGGCCGCCAGGACUGGCUAGCAGGAGCCCAGCGCCCAGACUGAAGUCGGAGGGCGCCCUUGGCAGCGGCCCCUCAUCCUGUAUCCAGCGUUCUCCCUCAGGUCUUACACAUCCCUGCUUCCGGUACUUUAUUUCCAUCCACAAGUGACUUACGCGAGCAGCAAAUAGCUUUUAUUAGGUGAAAACAGAACCAUUUGCUAUUUCUGAGGAAAAAAAAAAAAAAACCAUUGCCAUUGAUUGAUUCCUACUCCUAGCGACCUACAGGAAGGUAGACCUGCUCCCUUGGGCUUCCAAAGCUGUAAUCUUUAUGGAAGCAGAUUGCCACAUUUUGCUCCCGAGGAGCAGCUGGUGGGCUCAAACUGUGCGCCUUUCAGUUAGCAGCUGAGCACUCAACCACUGCGCCACCAGGGCCCCUUUUAUUUCUGAGAACCCCUGGUGGAUACCAUAGGCAUGGUCAGUGGUGGCCAGUGCCCUGGUGACAACACUGGCUGUCAUCUGUAUUAGCCUACUUCCCACAACCCUGGGAAGGCAAUGCAGUGGCGUCUCCGUGUGACCCAUCAGGAGCCAGUCUCGGAGGUGACAUUACACCAGGAUCCAGGCGUAGCAGGAGGACCCUGAGCCCCGCCCCGCUGCCUGCCCUCACCCCAAGCACUCACCUGUGGAGUUGCUGGAACGAACCCUUCGCUUCCCCUUUGGGGGACCAUGGAGGCCUGUAAUCUCCGGGUAAAGCAGCCACAGAUGGCAGGGAGCAUGGCCGUGACAAGCAAAAGCAGUGGGUGAACCGAACGAGUGGAGCUGUGCAGAGUCCGUCCGAGCAUGAGGGCCAGCAUCUCCCUGGGGCCUCAGCCAUGGGCUCCCAGGCCUAGGCGCUCAUGACGCCUCUGCCGACUGCCUCCUGGCCGCCGCGAGCUCGCGCCGCCGGGCCCCAAUGCCGGUCAUCCCCAUCCCACGGCGGGUGCGCUCCUUCCACGGCCCGCACACCACCUGCCUGCACGCCGCCUGCGGGCCGGUGCGCGCCUCCCACCUGGUGCGCACCAAGUACAACAACUUCGACGUCUACCUGAAGACGCGCUGGCUCUAUGGCUUCAUCCGCUUCCUGCUCUACUUCAGCUGCAGCUUGUUCACGGCGGCGCUGUGGGGUGCGCUCGCUGCGCUCUUCUGCCUGCAGUACCUGGGCGUGCGCCUCCUGUUGCGCUUCCAGCUCAAGCUCUCGGUGCUGCUGCUGCUGCUCGGCCGCCGGCGCGUCGACUUCCGCCGGCUCAACGAGGUGCUCAUUCACGGCAUCCAUGUCACGGUGCUGCUGGUCGGCGGCCUGGGCUGGUGCUUCAUGGUCUUCGUGGACAUGUGAGGCGUGCUGGUCGGCCGCCUGGGCUGCGGCUUCAUGGUCUCCGUGGACCUGUGAGGCGUGCUGGUGCCGCCCCUCCCUGGUUCGGGCGCAGGGGCGUCGGUGGCCGCAUUCUCCCCAAGGUGGGGAGGCCAGGUCCUUGGAAACCUGUCUGCCCACCGUUCCACCUGAGGUCUGCAGGCCCCUAGCAGAGGCGGCCUGGUGGCUUCACCCGCCGUCCACAGGUCUUCAGCACAGGAGAGAAAAGGGCUGAGACUUGUUCUGAGACUUGUCUUUCUGCUUCCCCCUCCCAUGUGCGCACUUGGCAGGUGUCCCCUCCCGCCACGUGCCUGUGGUUUGUGUACACACUUGGUCAAGUCGUCCUGGGUGUGGGGCCUGUCUGUCCAUUCUGCACUUGGAGACCUCCUUGUGGCUCCCUUAACCCCUUCUCCGGAACAAUAUCUGGCAUGACUUUACCCCCCCCAAUGGAGUGGGAGACCCUCAGCCCCCGGGUAGGGGGUGUCACCAGGACAAACCCAGAGGAUCCACCCUCCCGUCCCACCCCUUGUCCGCCACCCAGCCGAGCCAUAGGAAAGCGUUGGCUCCACUCGCUGCACUGCACUGCCACCAAGCUCUGCACUCCACCCACCCCCCCACCAUUCCAGCACAGCCCUUGACCCCCUCUGUAUGUCCCUGGCGUCCUGGCACAGCCCUUGUCUCCCUCUUUCCCCAGUGUCCUGGCCCAGCCAUCGGCCACCUCCUGAGCGACCAUUGGGCUAAGAGCUGCGAGUCACAGGCCAGGCUUCAGGGUCAUGGAUUUGCUUAGAUACCUGCCAUAGGAACUGCAGGUGGUCUGGGCAGACUCCUAGCUCAGGCCGGGAUCUCCUGCUCCCAAGUAGGAAAGCACUGUGUUGUCCUGUGCUAGCUGGGUCAGUGGGUCCAGGGCAGGGCUACUGCAGGCCUGUCAUCCUGGCAGUCUGUGGAGAACUGCAAAGCUGGGUGCUGUGAGUCUAGUCAAAGGGGGCUUUCUGGGAAGGCAGUGUGAUUCCUUUGUGGUUUGUGGGCGCUCCCCAGAUUGAGCUCUCAGCACCUGGAGCAGCAGCUGAGGUUUCCAAGGCCUCUGGUUAUACGCUGUGGGAAAACCCACGCAGACUUACCCAGGGAGUAGCUCUCAGGAGUCAGAUAUGAAGGCAGGCCAGGGCUGUGAGUAAAGACACACCUGCUGCUUUGUCCUACCUCAUGGGUGAGAAAGCAGUCAGGCAUGGGAAGCAAAAACCAGUGCGGGCGCAGGAGAAGCUGGACUGGGUAACAGCUGUUGUGGAAAGGGCCAGUGUCGCCCCAGCCCUCACCCCCACAGGGCUCUGUGUCCCUGUGGUGUGGUGAUGGCUGGCUGUAGACAGGAGAUGGUGGACACUGGUGAGUGGAAGGGGUCUCUGAGUAGUGGCAGACACUGGGGACCAAGACAUAGGCCCAGCACUGAGGACGACAAGCAGGCAGCACUGGUCUCACCCUGGAAGCUGGUCAUCUCCUCCCCCUCUCCCUGCCUCCCAGGGAGACCAGCAGCCCGACGACUUGUCUGGACCCUUGUGUGCCCCCAAAAGAGACCUCGAAAAACCUAAAUCAGGUACAGAAAGCAAAAAACCUCAGCUGUGCAGCCAUGCUCUUGACUCUGGUCAGCUCCUGCUCUGUGUCCCCCGACAUGGCAUCCGUGGGGGCUUGCUGGGUAGGGCUGCUCCCGCCAGGUGGGUCUGAGUGAGCAGGUGGGCGCUCGGGAGCCGUUGCACUAAGUCAUGAGCUGCUCAGAUCCACCAAGUCCUCCCACCGGGAGGGCGAGGCAGGCACGUGUCCACGGGCCCGGGCAGCAGGGAGGGUCCUCACGGCAGCACCCAGCUGAUGGUCCUGUCACGCUGACCUGGUGCGCGUCUCAGUGCCUGGGAGAUUCUCUAUAAACUGAACCACCUGCAUUAAACUUAAUUUUCCUAACGUGCGGAUGGAGUGAUUGCUUAAAGCCAAACAGCUCCUUUGUUUAUAAAGUAUUUUGUUAAGAAUAUACACAGCAGAACACACCAAUUCAAGUUUGCGCGUGUACAGUUCAGUGACGUUGAUUACAUUCGUCGAGUUGACAGCCGUUCUCACCCUCCUUUUCUGAGUUUUCCUCCCCCAUUAACGUAAAUUCACUGCCCUCUAAGGUUCUUGUCUAAUCUUUGAAGUUGCUGUUGUCAAUUGGAUCCCAAACUCAAUCCCUUUUUUAAGGAUGUAAUAAACCACCAAAACACCCACGGACACCAUUGUCACCAGCCGACUUGACAUUUUUAAACACGAGUUGGCCGUGCAGUGUGAGCUAAUGUGUUUGCCCAGGGUGCCUCUGGCCGCAAGGCCACUAUGGGACCCUGUCCUAGGACUGGUCAGAAUCACAGGCCAGCCACCGAGUUUGGAGCAUAGCGAGGACCCCAGGUGGGUCCCCAGUGGCUGCCUUUGCCAGCAGAACCCUCUGGGUGUUCCAGUGACUGCUCGAAGAAGGCUAGAGGUGGCAGUGCUCUAGCCUCGCUGAAUAACGCUCGCUCGCUGUAAACGCAGUGAGCUCUCAACUUCGGGGAGAAUGCAUGUGCUCGGAAAAACACUGGAAAAAAAAAUAACCAACCAGAGCUGCAGUUCUUGUCUAACCCAAAAGCAAUUUGAGAAAGGAGCCACGUCAUUACUUAGUCUCUUUGUUUCAUAAAGGCCACACUAGCGUCUUUGAAAGGGGAAUUGGUGAGUCCUUUUUUUCCCACUGGCAGAUUUCUUCCAACAUGACGAUGGUGACAAUGAUGAUCGUCCUUCCAAGCAGCCAGAAAACGUCACGUAAGAGGAAACCGGUUCAGUUUACGUAUCGACGCCUCUGUCAUUUCUGGAGCUUGUGUGACACCAGAAGGAAACUGUGCGGGUCACGUUGGGAUGUAGCCUGAGUUGGUGAUGGCAAGAAUUCCCAGUGUCCUCACAGAGACCCCCCCUGCCAACACAGGAGACUCAGAAGGCGUGCCCCGAAGGUCUUCAUUCUCACACACUCCUCGGGUGGGGAGCUGGGUGCUGGGCCCUGAGGCUGCUGUGCAGGUGUCCUUGAACCCAGAUCUGGGUGGGUCAGAUGACCACCCCCUUGGUGAGCUCCCCCACUCCUUCCCUGUCCCUUCUCCCCCUUUUUCUUCUCAGGCCUCACCUCCCUCUUCCCUCCUUCCAUUUUCCUCCCCCUCCUCCUGCUCUAGCUCCUCCUUCUCUGCUAACUCCGCCCCCUCCCCUCCUUCUCCUCCUCCUCUAACUUCCCCUUAGCUGAGAUCAGGUGGCUCAGGGGCCCCAGAAGCACGUUUCUCGUUUUGACGGAGGCCUUUGAUUUGCCAGGAUGGUGACAGUGGCGCUGCACUGGUUUUGUCCCUCUACUGCAGCUGGCUGGUUGCAGUGACAUGUCCACAGGAGCCCCACCUCCACCUGGCCCCUGGCUGUAGUGGGUUUGAGCUGCUCUCCUCCUCCGUUUGGGUCUGCACUCUCCACUGUGCAGCCUCUAGCCACAGGACCCUUGAAAUGCAGCUACUGAGAAGGCAACUAUUAAUUAGAUUUCAUCUUAAUUAAAUGUGAGUGCCUACAGGUUACUAGUGGUUACCUCUUUGGACAGCAAGAUAUGUUAAUAUCCUCCAAACCUCCCGGGAGCACCCACGGGUGGGGACUGGGCUGGGGGCCCAUGAGGGUGGCCCGGCAGGCAGAAUGGUGCAUAGCGGGAGUGCGCUUGCCUUGGGCCUGCUCCCCUCUGGCCAGAGCCUCUGAGCAGGCCCUCCUGGGUGAUGGGAGAGGCCUGUCGCGGCUUUUCCCCCAGCAGGAUUUGCCUGAUGGCUCUCUUCCACUGGGCAGUCACCUUCUUUAGAGAAUGCUUCUUGAGGCUGUGGAUGGCUGCCAUACCGGCCCAAUGACUU